UAAAGAUGAAUAAAAAAUAUUAUAUCACUCUUCUAACCGUAUCAUUUCUAGUAUUUGUGAUAACAAAAUAUAAGCCUCAUGAGCACCCGCAAGUAAAAGUAGUAAAAGAAUAUAUUAUACAAAAAGUUAGUUAUGAAAACACUGAAUCAAUUAAAACGGUCAACAAGAUGGGAUGUUACGAUAAACCAUUGGAUCAAAAAAUAUACCAGAGGGGUGAAUAUUGGGUGAUGACAAAUUAUAUAAAACCCAAAAUGGAAUUCCAUUGCCACGAAAGUAUUACCUACACGACCCAUGGGGAUUUUCAGUUUUUGGAUAAUUUGCCCCCUUUAGUGGAAAGAUGGUUGGGUCCAGUAAGCAUAGCUUUACAUGCUCCAGGUGAUGAUUUCAAAGAUACCCUUGAAUCGAUGUUGUAUUUUAGAGAAUGUACAAGUAAUAUGAUAAGAGAGUAUGUAAGUUUCCAUGUGUAUUUUCAUAACAAACAUCUUCCCAAAGAGAUCCCAUCUUUUGAGAAAAUUUCACAGCUAACAUACGACUGCAAAGGGGGACCUCCCAUAGUUAAAAAAUCCUCACAAAUGUACAAAACCAAAAAGAAUCUUCUAUACCCGGUGAAUGUGGGGCGAAACAUUGCAAGGGAAGCCGCACAAACUCACUACAUUUUUGCCUCAGACAUUGAGCUUUAUCCCAGUCCAAACAUCAUCCCGAAGUUUCUCGCCAUGAUAGAAAAAAACGAGGGCCCCCUCCAAAGCAAAAACAAAGUGUUCCCCAUACCAAUAUUCGAAAUCAAAGAAGACCAGGCAGUGCCCGAAACAAAAACCGCAUUGCAAGGCAUGCUUCGGAAAAAAACGGCUAUUCCUUUCCACAAGUUCGUGUGUUCAUGGUGUCACAAUAUACCUAAAGCGAGGGAGUGGGAAAAAGCCGCUGAAGGUAAAAACAUGGAGGUCUUCCAUGUUGCCAAAAGGCAGGGGCCUUACAAAAGUUGGGAACCCAUUUAUAUAGGCACUAAUGACGAACCUUUGUACGACGAACGGCUCAGUUGGGAAGGGAAACGGGAUAAAAUGACUCAGGGUUAUGUCUUAUGCGUUAAAGACUACGAUUUUUUGAUUUUAAACAAUGCUUUCUUGGUACACAGACCCGGGAUUAAAAAGUAUCAUAACGAUCCUGGAAGAAACAAAAUUUCAUCACAAACGAAUAGACUUAUAGGCAGUAGAAUAUUUCCAGAAAUAAAACGACUUUAUGGGUCCAGAAAAGGGUGUAUUGUGUAAUAAAAAUCAGUGAGCAUUUCUUCAUUUUUUGUCCCACCCGUCACGGUAAAAAAAAUUGUUUUUCAUUUGACAUUCAAAAGAUUUUACAUUUCGACUUGACUACUUUUAAACAGUGUCCAAGACACCAAUAUGGGUGUACUUAUCUCAUUUUGACGAAAAUCAGAUUAUCUAAUUUUUUCUAAACUACCUACUGCAGAUUUAUUAAGUCUAAACUAGCUGUGUAUAUAAAAGGAUAUUUGUUUUUAAGUUAGUUUACUUAUUUAUUAAAACAAAAUGUGAUUUUACAAUUUUGUGUUAUUUAUUAUUGAUUAG